AUGUCUAAAGGGAAGAGUCUAGUGGUUCGCAAGCAUCCAACGAUCAAGACUUUCAACCAGGAGGCCGUUAAGCGUGUGAUCUAUGUUAAAUCUAAAACGCCGUACGUGAGCGCUCUGAAAAGAGUAAAUAAAAUGCUUCAGAUGUUGGAGAAACAACCCGCUAACACUGACAAAUAUAUUACACUAAUGGGCAUGGGUCAAGCUGUUGAGAAGACCCUUAGCGUUGGAUGUCAUUUUCAAGAGCAUAAGAACCACCGAGUAGUGAUUAAGACGGCCAGUACAGAAGUGGUCGACGAAGUUAUAAAAUACAGCGAUGGAGAGGAUAGUGUGAAUGAAGAAGAUAGAGAGACUGAACUGCAGUUGCGGAAGGUCAGUGGUGUAGAAGUUCGGAUCUACGUGGUGUAA